AUGUCCCUGACGGACUUCUCUCCUCCAUCUCCUCCACAAGUCUCCCCAUUUGGUUCUUCAUCUUCAUCAGCCACCGAUCUUGACAUGAGCUGUAUACCAUCACAAGAAAGAUCGCCACCAGCCGGUUGGUUACCGAUUUCUGGGGUGGGCACAAUUGGGAUGCAUCCGGGCGCUCAUCCCUAUCCAUCUCCACUCUCCGACGACUCAAUGUACCGUUUCCCAUUCUUCGCAAAAUCCGACGAUUACAUCGAUGAGCGGAAACCGUCUUUUCUCGGCGCCAAUUACUAUCAUCUGCCUGAUCCAGAACCCUUCACAACUCAAUCUCAACCCUAUCCAGUCGAUAAGAACAAUUUGUUGUGUAAAGUUUGCGGUGAUAAAGCAAGUGGUUAUCAUUAUGGUGUGACAUCUUGUGAGGGAUGUAAGGGUUUCUUCCGGCGAAGCAUUCAGAAGAACAUGGAGUACAAAUGUCUCAAAGAUAACAAUUGUGCAAUUUUCAAAUCGAAUCGCAAUCGCUGUCAGAGAUGUCGCUUCAAGAAGUGCAUGACUGUGGGGAUGAGCAGAGAUUCAGUGCGUUACGGGCGUUUGCAAAGGAAAAGAGAGAGAGAGGCGGGUGCUUUACCCAAUCAAGCAAUUCUUCCCACUCUGCCCACCCAACAACGAGAUUUCACAAGUUUCAUCAAUGAAGUGACGCUUGCUUUCACGAAUAAUCCAGGCUGUCCACCGCAACACAUCAUCGAAGCGCCAACGAUUCUGCUAGAAAUUACUUCAAAAUCGACUCACCCGACGCUAAAUGAUGAUGAGAUUCGAUGCGAAACUUGGCGCGCCUAUGCGGGGAGUCUCAAUCGAGACAUCGAGGCUUUCGUCGCUUUCGCUAAAUACAUUCCAUUCUUUUGUGAAUUGGCUACAUCGGAUCAGCUGGAGUUGAUUAAGUCGAGAUUCUUCGCCAUUUUUGUCAUUCGAACAGCUCCGGCGAUGAGUGAGCGGCAAUUGGUGAUCAAUUCUGGAGUGGCGAUUUCGAAAGAACAGCUCAUCUCCCUCUAUGGCAGCGAUUUUGUCUAUCGAUGGAUCACAUUUGCAAAAAAUUUCAACUCUUUACAUUGUUCGAUGGCCGAGAGAGCGCUCUUCGUUGUUUGGCUGCUAAUCACUGCCGAUGUGCACGGAUUAUGCAAUUGGAGAGAAGUGGAACAGAUGAAAACAUUCGUCGAAGAGGCGCUGAGGUCCUUACUGCUGCGAAAUCACGCGAACAACCCGCUCGCUUUCAACAUGAUGGCCGCAAUGAAAGAGGAAUUGGAAAAAUUGGGCCAUGAAAACGAGCGAUGCCUUGAUUGGGUGAGGGUAAACUCGGCUAAAAUCCACAUUCCGCCGCUUUUCGCCGAGGUGUUCCGAAUCUUGCAACACCCAGUUUAUCUCCAAAUGCCGCCAAUCGAUCAAAAAACGGAAAUGCUUCCGAUUUGCGAGCUGAAAGCCCUC